AUGGCGCUCAACCCGCAGACCCCGUCGAAGCACAAUCAGAUGAUUACGCGGUUCAUAAAACAUCCCAAAUCCACCAAUUUCGACGGCGACAAGGACCGGCCCGCAAAGCGCCAGAAGACGGGUAACAGCCCUAGGAAGCAGCCGCCGCACACACCUCGCAAGUUUGCGAAUCGCGAGAUACUGGAUAGCGAUGUUGAGGAUGAUGGGAGGGAUGUGAAGACUGAGGAGAAGGAGGAGGAUGUGCAUAAGACAGAUUUGGAGAGUGCGCUGCCACAGGUCAAGGUCGAUGACGAGGCUAUUGAGGCGUAUGAGGCGUUCAAGGCGUCGCAGGAAGAUAAUGCAGAUGUCGCUGGGGAGCGCAUAGAGAAAAGAGCAUGGGUUAGAGGGAAGAGCUCGCUCUAUGUGGAUGCGUUCAAUCUUGCGUUGGACACUGUGUUGGAAGACGAGAGCCACCUCUUUGAUGAGGCUGAGACGGAUGUGUUCCGAAUAUGGAGGGAAAUGAGCUACGAGGCGCAAUUUCUAUAUGUGCGCCUCUUUCUCCGCAAGACGUCUGCGUGGCAUCGUGUAAAGAAUCUUGGAUAUCACAGCGACAUCUCCGACCUCGAAGGCGCAGCUCAAAUUCUGCAGCAAACACACAUUCUACCGACAUCCUCUGCUGAAGUAGAGUCGCAUCCUGGUGAGCUCGAAGCACCAACCGGGGCAACGCUGGGGACUUCGUUCACGUUUGCGGACCGAUCGGAGGAAGAGAUAACUACACUUGAGGAAGCAUCGUCGUUGCUAAAGCUCGACGAGCUGAAGCUGCUUGCAAGGGACGCGAAAGUGCAAGGCAAGAAUAAGAAAGACUUAUUGAAAGCAUUGCGACGGACUAGCCGGAAGCAGACAGGUCUUGGGCAUGUUGGUUUGAAGCGCUCUGACUCGGAGAUGUCACGGCGAUCAUCUGCAUCCGCACCUGGCUCCAGGCAUGAAACUCCGGAGGUCGAGCCGAGCCCAGUAGACGAUCUUUCGGAUGACGCAAAUCGCGACGCUCACUUCACUCGCAAAAUCAUGAACGAGACUGGACCUUGUAUCCGCCUCUCCUUGCCCACCUUGAAGUUGUUUGAGCGCGUACAUCUCGUCUUCUACCGCUCUACAGAGUGGACAGAAAAGUCGCUCACCACAAUCAUUCUAGCGAAGAUAGCUCGAUGGAAUUUUCCCGAAUACAUUGUAUCUCGGUCUGCAAACAUUUUUGCUUCUCGCUCGUUGCUACUUGAGUACGAGGCAUCGGUUCGGACGCAAUUUCGCAUAGACAAUAUUUUGGAAUUCAAUGGGCGACCUACAGAGAAAGACUUCGACGAGAUUAUGGAUACAUUCGAGCAAGUGCACUCACGUUGGCAAGCGCUGUGCCAAGAAGAACAGCGGAAAGAAGACAGCAUAUAUCACAGCGGUGAGGGUUCAUAUCUGCGCCGUCUGUCGCCUGCAUGGGUGUACACCCGUAUUAUACACAAAGCACUUUAUGUGCUGGGACGGCGGAAAGAGCACAAACGUGAGCAUGCACUUCUGACCGAACUACUUGGGCAACGCCUCUUCCACCACUCCAGAAGAGGCGCUUGGUACCAGCGUAAAGCAUUGCUUGAGGAGCACUACAUGGCGUCUCUCAACGAAGCAGAGAAGAGAAGCGAAGACCAGCAGAAGAAGCAUUGGAAGCGAAUAGCGCUGCAGACAUGCCAAGACGGGCUGCAGGAUCGGUUCGUACACAUCAUACACCACUAUGACUUACAGAAGCGUAUAACAAAGCUCGAAAAGUCUCUCAAUAUACCUAAGCGCUCUCAACAUGACUUUGGACAUGUUCGCCUCACCAAGCCGGCCGAAGUUACAAUGGAGGGUAUCCGCAUCGAGCGCGACCGACCAGUUCUAUCACGACGCAACAGCUCUCCGCACCCGAACCCUAGCAGACGCGGCGGCAAGACAAUAUGGAUCGACCCCCGCGAGGACGGCGAAUGCUCCGUCGAAGCAAUGUGUCUCUCGCACUACCGCAACCAAGGCUGGAAAGGCUACCACAGUGAGGGUGGCAUCGUGCGCACUCUGUUCGCCUACCUAUUCUUUGACGUCCUAUUCACCUACAUACCCAAUGUCUUCCAGACACCCUACCAAACCUGUCCACUCGAUCUGCACACCGACGCCUUCUAUCCCUCGCGCAUCUCCGAGAUCAAUGCCCGCUUAAACGAGAUCUCCAACGGCGACGCACCAAGCAUCAUGCGGCGCAUCUACGACGACCAUCACGAGCGCCGGACGUGUGUCGUGGGGCUUGACUGGUCAUUCGACAUCAACGAUCUAAUUGAGAUAGCGCAGUGCUUUGACGGUGAGGCGCUAGCGACAGUGUGUAAAGUCAUGGCGCAGGAGUACGGGCAGCGAGGCGGUGGCGUGCCGGACUUGUUCUUGUGGAAGGUGGCAGAUGAGGAAGGCGCGAAGGGUGAGGUCAAGUUCGCGGAGGUCAAGAGUGAGAAUGAUCGGUUGAGUGAUACGCAGCGGCUUUGGAUUCACGUGUUGAGUGGCGCGGGGGUAAAGGUUGAGCUUUGUGCGGCUGUGGCUAAGGAGGUUAGGGUCGUGAGUUGA